UCCUUUAUUCCACUCCGCUCUUCGCUCCUCCGAUCUCGUCUCCCGCCAUGGUGGCCUCCGCGACGCAUCGCCUCUCGCCCUUUCUCGGCCUGCCGCUUCGCGGUCGCGACAAUCCAUUCUACCGACAAAGUUCCCAUAGUAUGUUGUCUCCAUACAAGGUUGCUGCAAUAUUUUGGGGGCCUAGGAGGACAGCAGAGCCACGGAACUUGAAUCCUUCCUUGGGGGAAUUUACUCUGAUAGGGUCAGCACCAGAGGGCAUAUCAGCCAAUGAGAUGAAGCCACAGGAAAUAUCCAUUUCGGUUGUCUCAUCAAUUUCUGUGAUUUCUUCAAAGGAUUGGGAUGCAUGUGCUGUUGAUGCGACUGGCCCUGAAAAGUUUAAUCCUUUUCUUACUCAUGCUUUUCUUUCGUGCUUAGAGGAAUCAGGAUGCGCAGUGAAGGAAACAGGAUGGUUACCUCAGCAUGUUGUUGCUCAGGAUGAAAAUAAAAAUAUUUUAGGUGUUGUUCCACUUUAUCUUAAAAGCCACUCAUAUGGAGAAUUUGUUUUUGACCAUUCAUGGGCUGAUGCUUAUUAUAGAUAUGGUUCUCAAUACUAUCCAAAGCUACAGUCGUGUGUACCUUUUACUCCAGUAACUGGCCAGAGAAUAUUAGUUCGUAACACUUGGUAUAGGGAUCAGGUGUUUGACAUGUUAGUUACGGCACUCAAGGACCUAACUUCUAAGCUCCAGGUUUCAUCAUUACAUGUGACUUUUCCAUCUGAAAAUGAAUGGCACAAAUUGAAGAAUGACGGGUUCUUGCAGAGAAUAGGGAUGCAGUAUCAUUGGAAAAAUCGCAAUUAUAAGAAUUUUGACGAGUUCCUGAUGGAUAUGAAGCAAAGUAAACGAAAAAAUAUCAGGCAAGAGCGAAAAAAGAUUUCUGUGCAGAACUUGGAAAUUAAACGCCUUCGUGGUGAUGAAAUAAAGGCUAAACACUGGGAUUCUUUCUAUAAGUUCUACCGCAGCACAACAGAUAACAAAUGGGGUAGGGCUUUUCUAACGAAGGACUUCUUUCACAACAUGGGAUCAAAGAUGGGAGACCAUGUACUGCUUAUUGUUGCGGAAGAUGGGAAUGAACUUGUUGCUGGAGCUCUUAACCUUAUUGGAGGGGAUACUUUGUUUGGUCGCCUAUGGGGGUGUCUACCGCAUGCCUAUUUUCCAAAUUUGCAUUUUGAAGCCUGUUAUUAUCAGGCAAUUGAAGCAGCUAUAGAGUUAAAACUGAGUAAAGUGGAGGCAGGAGCACAAGGGGAGCAUAAGAUUCAGAGGGGUUACCUUCCUGUGACAACAUACAGUUGUCACUACAUUUUGAAUGAUGGUUUUAGAAAAGCUAUAGAGGAUUUUCUUCUAUACGAGACAGACCAGGUUAAGCAUGUCAUGAAUUUGAUACAUGACUCCGGGCCCUUCAAAGAGGGAAUAGAUUAAGAGGCACCGACCAUAGCAAGUUUGUGAGUGGAAAUUUCUAUGCAUAUUUCCAUAGUCAAAUUGAGAUGUGUAUAUCCCUAAAGUCAGAUAGAUGCUUGGUUAGGAAUUGAGGUGAUGAUUUGGUUGGGUUUUAAGACUUCAAACAGUUGGGAGAGGAGUACCAGCAUGGAAGAGUGUAAAUCAAAUUGUGAAAGUUGUUCAUGGUUGCAUUGCAGGACUCAAGAAGAAUUUUGGCGAUCACCUCCUAUAACACUCCUGAGAAUACCAAUUUGACUCUGGGCCUUUGUUUCUAAAGGCUUUUGCUACACAAACAAUUCAAUAUUUCCCAGCCAGAUGAAAUAAAUAGUAAAUAAAACUUCCACCGAGCA